AUGGAAGAUUCGUGGUCAAUAAAUCAAGGAUUACCGGGAGGUGCUGCAAGCAACUUCAAUCCUUCAAUGGAUCGAGAGUCCCAACAGGAAGAGGGUAAGGUUGGAGGAGACGAACAAAGUACUGGGGCAGGGGAUGAUGAGGAAGUGAAACUGACCGAGGAGGGUGAUGAAGGUGAUGAGGAUGGAGGAGAUGAACAAAGUACUGGGGCAGUGGAUAAGGAGGUUGAAUCUGAGAGCGAGGGGGUAGGAAAGCAAGCUGAAAAGACUGCAAAGGAUAGCGAGGUAAAAAAGGAUAGAGAAGAUGAUAUGGUAGUUGGGGACGAGAACGCUGAAGAGUACACUGAGAGCAGAAUAGGUGAAAGAGAUGAGGAAGCGGUUGAGAGUGAGGUAGAGUCUGAAAAGGUUGAUGAUGAGGGGGUACCAACACCGGUUGUCGAGGAGGAAGCCAGAAAUCGGAGAGCAGAGAAAGAGGUUGAGGCCGAGAUCGUCGUGAUAGACGAUGUUACGUCAUAA